UAGGAGUCCUAGUGCAGACGUCUGCGCAGAAUAAAAGCGGUUUAAGCUUGCAUGGUCCUGAAUAAGCCAGCGACAGUAUUGCACCAUGGGCGACACUGAUUGUGCUCUGCGCUGCACUUGACUUCAGAACAGCGAGAGGCAAACAGUACAGGAGGAAAACAUGUCCCGUCUCUUAGCUCGGAUCUCUUCCCUUGUUUCUCAACGGGCGAGCGCCAAGUCCUCGAUCUCAUUAACCAGAACUCCGGUCCUCAUUCGACCCCUCUCCACAAGUCAAGGACUGAGGUCGCUGACUCGCUACGAUGAGACCACCGACUGGCAAAAGAAACUUAGUCCAGAACAAUACGUUGUCACCAGAGAGAAGGGGACAGAAGUGCCUUUCAGCGGGAUCUACCUGAACCAUAAUGAGGUGGGGAUGUACCACUGCGUCUGCUGUGAAUCUCCGGUCUUCAGUUCAGAGGCCAAGUAUGACUCCGGGACUGGCUGGCCAUCGUUCACAGAGGCCCAUGGGACGUGGGGGCGGGACGAGAGCCACGCCUGUGUAACACGUCGCCCUGACAACAGCCUGGGCAGCGCCGGGACCGAGGUGCUGUGCAAAAUCUGCGAUGCCCACUUGGGCCAUGUGUUUGACGACGGACCGGACCCCAGUGGCCAGCGCUUCUGUAUCAACAGUGUGGCCCUUCAGUUCAAAGCCCGGGAAAACAACCCGGAAGACAAGAACGAGUAGAAUCUUCUGGAAGCUGUCUUCACCAGGAAGAUGAAAAUACCCAAGGAAAUUGUCCUUUUUAACACAAUACAUUCAUUGUAACAUUUACACUGAUGUUCAAUUCUGAUUUAUGUAUUACUUUUUCACUUUUAUUACUCACUUCCUACAGAUGAUUAGAAUUUGUUUUUGUGAACAGUGAAAAUGGCGGAUUUUGCUUGUUAAACAAUAGACUGGUACAUGCAUGGUUCAAUAUGCUCUAUUGAAAGCAUUGGUUUAAUAAAUAAUAGAUCAAUAAA